AUGAAGUACAUUCACAGCUCCGAGUCGCUGACCAUCCCCGAGGGUGUCAAGGUCUCCAUCAAGACGAGGGUUGUCACCGUUGAGGGUCCCCGCGGCAAGCUCACCAAGGACCUUGGCCACCUCGCGGUUUCCUUCACCCACCCCAAGAAGAACGUCAUCAACAUUGAGCUCCACCAUGGCAUCCGCAAGAGCAUCGCCACCCUCCGCACCGUCCGCACCAUCAUCAACAACUUGAUCAUCGGUGUUACCAAGGGCUUCAAGUACAAGAUGCGCUACGUCUACGCCCAUUUCCCCAUCAACGUCAACAUCGACAAGAACAACGAGACUGGCCUUUUCGAGGUUGAGAUCCGUAACUUCUUGGGCGAGAAGUAUGUCCGCAGGGUCGUCAUGCACCCCGGUGUCGACGUCGAGGCGUCGAAGAACGUCAAGGAUGAGCUCCUGCUCACCGGUAACGACAUCGAGAACGUUUCGCAGAGCGCCGCAGACAUCCAGCAGAUCUGCCGUGUGAGGAACAAGGAUAUCCGUAAGUUCUUGGACGGUCUGUACGUCUCGGAGAGGGGCAACAUCAUUGAGGAGUAA